GAUACUUAAGGACAGGCAACGUUGGGCAUGCGGUUAACUUUAAAAAGCGUGUAAAAGUGUGAAAGAAAAAGAUUCUGCGCGACCGUCGAACCGUCGGAGGCCUGUAGAAUAUUUGCUGCCUCGAGAAGAAAACCAGUGAGAGCGCUCUGAGGCAUCCCCUAGUGCAGCUUUCCAGCCAUGGCAGCACGGACGAAGGUGCGGUGCUCACACCUCCUGGUCAAGCACCGUGACUCGCGGCGGCCUUCCUCGUGGCGUGAGGAGAACAUCACCCGGACAAAAGAGGAGGCACUCGAGCUGAUCCAAAAGUACCGGGAGCAGAUCGUGUCCGGCCAGAGCACCUUUGAGGAGCUGGCCAGCAAGUACAGCGACUGCAGCUCGGCCCAAAGAAAGGGCGACCUGGGCUUUUUUGCACGCGGUGCCAUGCAGAAACCCUUUGAGGACUGCGCCUUUGGCCUCAAGGUUGGGGAACUCUCAGACCCAGUCUUUACUGAUUCGGGUGUGCAUCUCAUUCUGUGCACGGCGGCUGCCUAGGCUUCACUCACCCAUUCACAGGUGCAUGGUUGGUAGAGAUGUUGACAGCCCCAGCACCAUCACAAGUGGACCAGACAGGCCAUUCCCACCACCAGUCGCAGAUUGUUUCUUGGUCACAAUACUAUACACAUGGCAGUGUUGGACACGCCCACAACACGCUUAACGUGACUUCUGUAAAUAUGGCUGCCACCUUGUACGACACGUAAUAAAGCUGUGUUGUAAAAAAGAAA